AUGGAGAAGGCCGGUAGGAACGUGACCGUCAAAGUGGAGGAGCCGAACCUGGAGGGAGGAGGAUCUACGGCCGUCAUUCCGCUCCAGCAGGUUGCGUGUUUACCGGCUGGCCGCUUCGCGCUUGUUCUGCCGGAGAUCACCUGUGGCGCCCCUGCGACCAUCACCAUCAGCAUGGGCGACCAACGCAGCGAGGCGAAAGCCGCCGAGGAUAAGCGCGAGAAGGCCGUGAAAGCAAAGGGGCGGGUUCUCAAGAUGGGUCCUUGUGGUGGCCCCGGUGGCGACGUGUGGAAGAUGGACGUGCGCGGCGGCGACCGCAUCGUCAAGGUGAUCUUGUGGCAUGCAGGCGCCGUCGAUGCCAUCUCGGUUUCGUACGAGCGGGACGGCCGGAUUGAGCAGACCGAGCACUGGGGGAAACCAGAGGGUCGACAGCGCUCAGAGAUCUGUCUAGAGCCGGACGAAUACCUCACUGGUAUGAAAGGGCAUGCGGGCGAGUUUGGUGGCUCUUACCUCGUCGGAGCGCUUACUUUAGUUGGCAAUCGGCGCUCCUUCGGACCAUACGGGACACGGAAAGGCGCACCCUUCGAGCUCCCCGCGGCUGGUGGUAGAAUCAUCGGGUUCCACGGGCGCUCCGGAGGCCUCGUUGACGCACUUGGCAUUUACGUCGAAACGGACGGCUAA